UACUGAUGUCAAGAAGUGAAGUUCCACUCCAUAAGUAUAUGGAGCCUCUCCUUGUGCUUAGAGUUUUGGAUCUUUCUCACAGUAAGCUUGAAAAUGUCAAUAUGGAGGAACUCCUGUGCUGGAUUUGUUCUCUUAAACGCCUCGCAGUUCUGAAUCUAAGUGGCGCAGCAGGCCUUAAAGUACUACCACGUUCAAUCAGAAAACUUCGGAACCUCCGGAUUUUGGUCUUAAGUGGAUGCAACAAUCUUGUCAAGCUACACCCAUCAAUCAUUAUGUUGAAGAUGCUAAUGAUCUUGGACCUUGGAUUUUGCGGUCUUCAGUAUCUACCUUGUGGACUGGCUCAGCUAUCACAUAUGCAGGAACUAUCAGGUUUCAAGGUGGUGGGUAAGGCUAACAAGAGAAGCUGUCAAGUCCUUGAGCUUCAGCAAUUGACUGAGCUACAAGUCCUGCGAUUGAAUUUAAGUGAUGAAAGUGAACUCUCAGAAGAAAAGUGCAUGAUUUUCUUGAAGCUUGAGAAACUUAAGGUUCUUGCUAUUAAUAUGGAAGAUGUUAAGUAAAAAAUGUCUUACCAAUGCUGGAUCAACUUACCCCUCCUGCAGGCCUUCAGGAGCUGUAUCUUAGACAUUACCCUCAUAAAACUCUGCCGAAAUGGGUUCAACCAGGAAAGCUCCCAAAUUUGCAGCAUCUUUGCAUUGAGAAUGGUGACCUUGACAACAUCCAUCUGAGUCUCAACAAUGAGUCUGUGUGGACUGUUGAAAGUCUGUGUUUGAAGUUCUUGCCAAACCUGGAGCUAGACUGGAAAGACUUGGAGCAGAAAAUGCCUUUAUUAAGUUAUUUGGAGGUAAGCCAUUGCUUCAAUUUGAAAAAUUUUCCAUGCCCUGUCAACAAGCCAGGGGUCUGGAGAAAGCACCUGGAUUAGGAAAUCAGUGAUUGAAAUAAGGAGGGGGGCAUCACCAUCUCUGUGAUGUCCUCUGGAAAUUGUGCUCUGUGUAAUAUAUUUGUUGAGUAUUCAUAUUUUACUGAUACAAGGAACAGCUUGUGCUCUCCUCUUUCAAUCACAAAGCAAAUGCUGCCCAAUAUCUCAAGAAAUUCCACAAUUCCAUUUGUCUCACUCGAUAUCAGGCCAUGUUUCUCGGUAGUCCCUCGACUCAGAGGCUUGUCCAACCAUUACUGUCAUUCGGAUCACAACCGAAGCCAAGGUAGGACAAAUGCUCAAACAUUUGCAGAACACAGCACGUCCGAACUUCCCAAACAAUAUGAAGUUGGUCUUAAACUUCUGUGAAAACCAAGUUCAAGAACCUCAAAAGAAGUUUGUUUUUAUUUUUAUACAACGUAUUUGUUUUGCACGCGCAAUGUAUUAAAUAAAAAGAAGUUUGAUUUGAAAUGAAGACUUAUGAAGUUGCUUGGAAAGGUACUGGAAGAUGGCCUGCAACCACUUACAUAUUAUCCACACAUUGACUUAAGACUUAGACUUAAGACUUUGAGGUUGAAGGUGUGUAUAAAAUGAUAAGCAAUCUGACCGAUGAUCUUGCAGAGAUAUAUCUAUCCACUUCUUUCUUUCAGUUCUAAAUAGUCUUGAAAUUGCAGAGAUAUAUCGAUCCACUUGUCUGUUUCAGAUCUAAAUAGUCUUGUCUUGCCGUUGUAGAGAUAUGGACGUGCAUCAAUUGAUAUCUUUCGACCACCUCCACCCUCACGAUCUCAUCUUCUGCGAGCAGGAAGUCAUACACCUAAACGCUCGUGAAGAAAUUUUUUGUCAUGUGUGCUCAAAAUCAUUGGCUGGUGCUCCAUUCUACUAUUGCAGUGGUGAUUGUUAUUUCUUUCUUCAUAACACUUGUGCAGACUUGCCCCCUAUUAUUAAACAGCCUUCACAUCGUAAACACACUCUGAUUCUUCACACGAAUUCACCAUAUGGUCCUACUGGAUCUGACUGCAAUAUGUGUGAUCUACAGAUUGCCAACUUCCUUUACCAUUGCUCUGAUUGCAAAUUUGACCUUGAUAUCAAUUGCGCUAUGCUUGCACGAUGCUUUAUUCGACCCCAAAGUCACAAGCAUCAUUUCGUUACGUGGAGUAGGUCAGAUCCAUUUACAUGCGAUUUCUGUGGCACAGAUAGUGAUCAGUAUCGGUCUGCAUCCUCGAGAAAAAAAUUGCAACCUUGGAUCUGCACUAACUGUCAUGUUGUAGUUCACAAUAAAUGUAUCUCACUGCCAUUCUCAAUCCAAUUACCACAACAUGAUCACCCCCUCAUCCACACUUAUUUCAUUCCUGAAAGUCAAUCUAUUGCUGCUUUAAUGUGUAGAAUUUGUUGUCAAGAAGUGAAGAGAGAAUUUGGAUGCUAUUCUUGUCAAUAUUGUCCAUGUGUUGUCCAUGUUGACUGUGCACUGGACAACGUGCAACAAGUGGGACAAAAGUUCUGGGCAGAAGAAAUUGAGGCAGCAGGGGACCAAUUAGUUGAACAAGAGAUUGAGCAUUUCAGUCAUCCUCAUCAUAAAUUAUUUCUGGUAAAGCAUGAUAAUGAUGAUCAUGAGAUUGAAACAAAAUGUGAUGCCUGCAUGCGAAUCAUCUCUUUUCCCUUUUACAAGUGUCUAGAAUGUGAUUUUUCUCUCCACAUCAGCUGUUCCAAAUUACCAAAACAAAUCAAUCACCCACUUCACCCACAACACCCUCUAACCCUUGUUGAAAACAAUGAAUGGCUCACUUCCUAUUGUUAUGCUUGCCAUAAUCCGUUUCGUGGCUUCUCAUAUCGUUGUCGAGCUUGUUUUGAUAUCAUGAUUGACAUCCGAUGUGCUUUGGUUAAUCCUCUUGAAUUCUUCCAUGAUAGUCAUAAGCAUCCCCUCAGUGUGUUUACCCAAAGCAAUAGCCAUCCACAAUGUACUUGUUGCGGCAAGGUCGGCAAGAAAGACGGCAAGUACAUGCUCCGAUGCAAAGAACGAUGUCCUUUCGCAUUGGACUAUGGAUGCGCCACACUACCACAUAUAGCCAAGUACGAGUACGAUGAAAAUUUUCUUGUCCUUUCAUACCAUGGAAAUGAUGAUUCGGAUGGGUUUCCUUAUUGUGAUAUUUGUGAACAAUAUAGAGAUCCUAAUCUUUGGUUUUACGGUUGUCCUAAUUAUCUUGAGUGUCCGAUCUAUGUUCAUCCUCAUUGUGCUCAUGGUGAUUGCCCCUACCUUAAGCAAGGAAGCAGUGCCCGGGCUCUCGAUCUGCACGAACGCGAUCUCUUUUUCACCCUAAGGAAAGAGGACUUUCUUCCAUGCCACUUGUGUGGUAAGAAUGAUCAAGAAAUAUCCCUUGAAUGUUGCAAGGAAGACUGCAAUUUUAGCGUUCAUUUCUAUUGUUUCACGUGGAGAAGAGUGCCUUCUUAAUACUAGUAGGGAGCCCGUCAUCGGUGUAUUGAGAAGCUUAGUGUAUUGAGGAAUAUGGGCACUGGUCUUCAAAGCAUCGAGUAAGAAGCAUGCACAGUGUUGCCGUUUAUGUACAUCCUCUUAUGUGUUGUUCCUGUUAGUAAUAAUACUAUAAUGCUCAAGAUGAUACUCAAAUUUUUAGUUUUUUAUAUAAUAAGUGUAGUAACCGAUUUUCGUCCGGUAAAAAAAAAAUAUAAAAUAUAAAAUACAAAAAAUAGAAAGAAAACAUAAAAAAAAAAGAGGGAAUCAGGGUUUGUUACUUUUGUUUGCCUAUAUUUCUGCAUGACAUGCAUAUGAGAAUAUGGGGAGUCAACAGACAAGCACAACACCACCCACUGAAAGUCUUUUGUCUGUAUUGUUAUUACACCUAUACCACAUUAUUACACAUUGAUAUUAAAAUGAAAAGGGGAAGAAAAUUGUGUGAGAGAGAGAGGAAAAGACAAAAGGAAAAAGG